AUGCUUGUACGUAGUACAACCUGGAUUGAAGGAAAGGUGUGGCCACGCCCCACAAAAGCAUGUGGAGAUGUGAAACCAGCCCUAGGGUUCCGGUUUCACCCGACCGAUGAAGAACUGCUCCAUUACUACUUGAAGAAGAAGGUUUCAUUUCAGAAGUUUGAUAUGGAGGUCAUUAGAGAGGUGGACUUGAAUAAGAUGGAGCCUUGGGAGUUACAAGAUGGGGAUGAUGCUCAAGCAAACUCUGGUGAGGAUGGCUGGGUGAUUUGUAGGGUGUUUAAGAAGAAGAAUCUAUUCAAGGUAAGCAAUGAACGAGGAAGUACAAGCACGAACUCAUCCGAACAACAACUCCACACAUCAAGCACCAAUCAAGCUCGCAUUUUCAUGCACAGAGACAGUCAAUACUUACUACGUCAACACCAUAACCAAGGCAGUACUCAACAGCCAUUUGAAAUAAACAAGCCUGAGCUAGCCCUUCACUAUCCUCACAUGGCAACACCUCAUCAUUAUUCUCUCUUCCAAUCCCAAACCCUAUUGCCAGCUCAUAAGCCUUUAGGUUAUGACUACUCGGCUCUCCCUUCGGACUCACCGGUCAUAGUUAAGCAACUCAUGUCAAACGCAAGGGAUUGUGAGAGUGGCAGUGAAAGCCUGAGGUACCAAGCUUGUGAGCCAGAGUUAGAGGUGGGCACAUGCGAAGCACCUCAACAAAUGGUUUCGGGAAGAGAUGAUCAGGGCUUGAAUGAAUGGGCUAUGCUUGAUAGGAUCGUAACUUCUCAUCUAGGAAAUGAAGAUUCUUCUAAAGGGGUGAGGUUUGAUGAUGCAAAUAAUGCACCACCCAUGCACCCAAUUAAUCAGCUCUCAUUGCGUGGGGAGAUGGAUUUCUGGCGCUAUGGAAAAUAG